CCAACCCCAAGGCAAGGCGGAAGGAAGGAAGAAAGAAGACGUGGCAGUGUAGUCGUCGGGACACCACCAUUCCUGGAACUCUCUCUCUCUCUCCUCGGAUCUCUCCUCUCCUCUCCCCUCCCCUCCCAGGGUGGUCAUGGAGUGCGCCCGCUGCUCCGGGGCUCUUCAUCUCGACUGCUCUGCGCGCUUCCUCGGGAAGGGGGGCUCCUCCAGGUCGUCCAGUCACUCCAGUUCUACAAAUCUCGUUUCCACCAAAUAUGAGCAAAACUCACGCAGGAAUGUUAAACCCUCACAAUUAGCUGCAAGUGGAUCUUCUUGUCUUGUUAACAGAAGUCCAGUGCUUAAGCAGCGACAGAAUCUUUCUCUGAGGUCUACCUUGGCAGAUGUAUAUAAUACUUUUGAUGAAAAGGUCAUAUCUGUUUCUUCGCAUGCUACUGAAGAAAAGGUUGGAGUACUCUUGCUAAACCUUGGUGGCCCAGAGACACUGGAUGAUGUUCAACCAUUUUUAUUCAACCUGUUCGCUGACCCAGAUAUCAUUCGAUUGCCAAGGUUGUUCAGGUUUCUUCAAAGACCAUUGGCCAAGCUUAUCUCUACUUUUAGAGCUCCAAAGAGUAAGGACGGGUAUGCUUCAAUCGGUGGAGGUUCACCUUUGCGGAAAAUUACUGAUGAGCAGGCAAAUGCUUUGAAGGUUGCACUGAAAAAGAAGAAUUUGCAUGCAAAUAUAUAUGUUGGAAUGCGAUACUGGUACCCUUUUACAGAAGAAGCCAUUGAUCAGAUUAAGAAGGAUAGGAUUACAAAGCUUGUUGUUCUUCCAUUGUACCCUCAGUACUCCAUAUCAACAAGUGGAUCAAGCAUCCGCGUUCUCCAAAAUGUUGUCAGGGAGGAUUCAUAUUUUGCUGGAUUGCCAAUUUCCAUUAUCGAAUCAUGGUACCAACGUGACGGUUAUGUGAAAUCAAUGGCUGACUUAAUUGAAAAGGAAUUAUCAAUUUUUUCCAAUCCUGAAGAGGUUAUGAUAUUCUUCAGUGCCCAUGGAGUACCGCUUACAUAUGUUACAGAUGCUGGAGAUCCUUACAAAGAUCAGAUGGAGGACUGCAUUGCUUUGAUCAUGGGAGAGUUAAGAUCCAGAGGAAUCUUAAACAGCCAUACUCUGGCUUACCAGAGUCGAGUUGGGCCAGUUCAGUGGCUUAAGCCGUAUACUGAUGAAGUUCUAGUUGAACUCGGUCAACAGGGUGUAAAGAGCCUCCUGGCUGUUCCAGUAAGCUUUGUGAGCGAGCACAUCGAAACCUUGGAAGAAAUUGACAUGGAGUACAAGGAACUGGCUCUAGAAUCGGGCAUCGAGAACUGGGGAAGGGUUCCAGCUCUUGGGUGCACCUCAUCCUUCAUCUCUGACCUUGCUGAUGCUGUGGUGGAAGCCCUGCCCUCCGCUUCGGCGAUUGUAACCAAGAAGGCGGAUGAAAGUGAUUCUGACAUGGACCUCAUGCACUACCUGAGCAAGAUGUUCUUCGGCUCCAUCUUGGCGUUUGUCCUCCUGUUGUCGCCGAGGCUAAUUUCCGCUUUCCGGAACACUCUGUUAUAGGUGAUGGUGGGUUCUUUCCUUUGGUUGGCACAACCAGGGUUUUGCUUGAGUAAAGUAGAAGGCAGACUCAUGGAUGUAGUGAAUAGUGAUUGUUAAAGUUCUCUUUUUUAGAUCAGUAAUGUUCAUAAAGAACCUCAAGGACUAAAUUGCCUAUCUGCACCAGCUUUGUUGUACUGGUAUACCGCAAGCCUAUCCUUGAACUGUUGAACAAUACCAUUUUUCCUUUUUACUAUUUGGUUUACAUGAGCACAUUGAUAAAACAGCAUUGAUAUGAUUACUAAUGCAUACGCAUCAUAAAUUUACCUUGUU